AUGCAUCACCAAACCAAGUUAGAUGUAUUCAUAAUCAGAGCUUACAAUCUACUGUCCAAUGAGUCAGUCAUUAGCGGUGCCUCCUUGCAGAGUGUUACAAAUUCGCCGCAAACAGCGACAAAUACACCAUCAGGUAUGGUUAGCGGGAUGGUGGGCACAACGAUUGCUAACUCAGCAGGAUUGAUGGGCUCCGAUAACACACCUAAUAUUGAUGGCAUUAUAACUAGCACUGGCGGUAAUGCUCUGGCGAAGGCCAACUCAGACAGUACCAAUGCAACGCCGAAUGCUAAUUCAAGCUCUGUUUCAGCCAUAAGCAAUGCCAGCAAUCCCACUAACAACGGCAACAACGCGAGCUCUAGUACAACAUCGAAUGGAGUUUGUACACAAGCUCAAUAUUCUCAACUGUUCGCUAAGAUAUCCAAACUGUAUAAUGCUACAUUAUCUUCAGGAUCAAUUGAUGAUAGAUCGACAUCACCAAAGUCGGCAAUCGAACUGUAUCAAAGGUUUCAACAGAUUAUCAAAGAACUAGAAUUAAGCUUUGAGGCCAGCCCUUAUGCAAAAUAUUUCCGCCGUUUGGAUGGAAGACUUUGGCAAAUUAAGGCUGACUCCGAAUUAGAAAAUGAUGAAUUAUGGCGACUAGUCUCAAUGAGUAUAUUUAGUGUAUUCGAUCCGCAGACCGGCCAAAUUUUAAAUCAAGGGCGUAGAAAGGGAAAUUCUUUAAACACGUCUACUAAGGGUUCCCCAUCAGAGUUACAAGGAGUAAACAAUGGGAAUAAUAAUGGGAAUAGUGGCAGCAUCGGAAACGGGAAUAAUAUUAAAAACUAUGGAAAUAAAAAUGCAACGAACAAUCGAACGAAAAAAAGAGGUACCAGAGUGGCCAAAAACGCCAAAAACGGAAAGAAUAAUAAAAACGCUAACAAGGAAAGAAACAGUAUUGCAGAUUCGAGCUCAUUCAAUAAUGCAACCAUAAGCAACCCAGCAACCAAUAUGCUUUUUGAUCCAUCAUUGUCACAGCAACUACAAAAACGACUGCAAACGCUAUCACAAGAUGUCAAUUCCCGUUCAUUGACGGGAUAUUAUACACAACCAACAAGUCCUGGUUCAGGCGGAUUUGAAUUUGGUCUAAGUCAUGCGGAUCUGAAUCCCAAUAGUUCUAAUAAUAACAUGGGUUACAAUACAAUGUCUAAUAAUGGUUCUCAUUCAUGGAAACGAAGAUCAUUGGGAUCAUUAGACGUCAAUACAUUGGAUGAUGAGGCGGUGGAAGAACUGUUACAAUUAACGAAUACAAACAAAAGGCAGAGACCAAUGACGACAGCAGAUGGGGCUUUGAUAAACGACGGUACGGAUAAUAACCUAAACACAGCGAACAACCAAAUGAAAGUGGAUCUAAAUCCUCCGAAUAACAUGGCAACUAUUGAUACAGACGCGGUAAUACGCCCUUUAAAAGAAGCCUAUGACGCUAUCAUUUCUGAAAAAGACCAAAGAAUUGCACAAUUGGAAAGGGAAUUGGAAUUACAACGUCAAGAGACACAGUGGCUAAGGAAAAUGUUAAUUGAGGACAUGGGCUGUGUUAGAAGCAUGCUACGAGAUUUGCAAAGAUGA